UUUUUGCUUUGGCUUUGUUGGGUUCCUCUUCUCUCAGACGCCUUCGCUUUUCUCUGACCUCUUCGCCAUGACGAAGCAGCAAGCCAACUGGUCUCCCUACGACAACAAUGGCGGAUCGUGUGUUGCGAUUGCCGGCGCCGAUUACUGUGUAAUCGCCGCUGAUACUCGGUUGUCUACGGGUUACAAUAUCCUCACUCGUGAUUACUCCAAAAUUUGUAAGCUGGCCGACAAAGCUGUGAUGGCUUCCUCUGGUUUUCAAGCUGAUGUGAAAGCCUUACAAAAGGUUUUGUCUGCUAGGCAUUUGACCUACCAACAUCAGCACAACAAGCAAAUGAGCUGCCCGGCAAUGGCUCAACUGCUCUCAAAUACAUUGUACUUCAAACGUUUCUUUCCUUAUUAUGCUUUUAAUGUCUUGGGCGGACUUGAUAAUGAAGGAAAGGGUUGUGUGUUCACCUAUGAUGCUGUUGGUUCUUAUGAGAGAGUUGGAUACAGUGCUCAGGGUUCGGGUUCCACCCUCAUUACACCCUUUUUAGAUAACCAACUGAAGUCUCCCAGCCCUCUAUUAUUGCCUGCGCAGGAUUCUGCAACGCCUCUUUCAGAAGCCGAAGCUAUUGACCUGGUGAAAACUGUUUUUGCAUCUGCUACUGAGAGAGAUAUCUACACUGGUGACAAACUCGAAAUCGUCAUUCUUAAUGCCGACGGUAUUCGACGUGAAUACUUGGACCUCCGAAAAGAUUAGCAGCACGGUGCUCGACUUGAUAGAUUGAAUGUUGCUGCAACCGUAGGAACCGCCCAUCAGUACCCGUCCCUGAGAUUAUUGCAUUGCGAUAUUUACGGAUGGUUAAGUUUUAGUUUUCUCUCUGUGAUGUGACCUCGUUUCCAAAUUAAAAUCCCUGUUGUGAACUAAAAUCUGGAGGGCUGCUGGCUGAUAUUGAUCGAUCGAUCUCCUUUUUUUUUUUUUUUAGCUACCGUUGACUUUAAGGAGUUGUUUUAGUGGUGAGUUCAUGAGAAGCUGGAUUUGAAUCUUAGGUUUAAUUAAUUGAAGCUAGGUGGCAUAUGGUCUUC